UUCCAGAAUAUUAAUAGCAUUAGGCCGGGACUCCACCAAAGCAGAGAUGUGUGCGGUGUGCUGUGUGCUGUGCGAGAAGAGAUGUUUUUCAGCUCGCGGGACUCCACCAAAGCGGAGAUGUGUGCGGUGUGCUGUGUGCUGUGCGAGAAGAGAUGUUUUUCAGCUCGGGUGCGGGGCGUUGAGUGCUCAGUACGCAUUCUGACACGAAAGGUAGACGAUGUCGCUAUUAUUACAAAAAAAGUAUCUUCUUUUACUUGAAGAAGAACUACAGUCUGAAGAAGCAGAAUUGAUAGCUUUAUACUACCUAAACAAAAGAAAACAUCGGUUUUGGAAAAGAAGUCACUUGUAUUACCAUACCAGUCAUGGAGAAUUUUUUACUCUGUUUAAUGAGUUAGAUGAUGAAAGUUUUACCAAGUCCUACAGACUACCGAGGAAUAUAUUCUACGAACUACAUAACUUAAUUAAACCACAUAUAUUUAAGCAAGAUACUAACUACAGGAGAUCUAUCUGUACCCAAGAGCGGCUAGCAGUAUGUUUGAAGUAUUUGGCGACUGGUUCAAAAUUUUCACAAAUAGCUGAAAAUUUUAGGAUUGGAAAAUCGACUGUUCCAAGAAUUAUAGAAGAUGUCUGCGAUGCCUUGUGGACAGUAUUACAACCUUUGGUUAUGCCAGAACUUAACGAAAAUGAUUGGAAAAAAAUUUCAAAGCAAUUUGAAGAAAUCUGGCAAUUCAAAAACUGCGUCGGGGCCAUUGAUGGCAAGCAUGUGUACAUGUUUGCACCCCCAAAAUCUGGGUCCUUAUAUUACUGUUAUAAACACAGGUUUUCAACUGUAAUGAUGUGCGUAGCCGACGCUACCCGAAGAAUAAUUAUGGUAGAUAUAGGUUCAAUGGGAAGGUUCAGCGAUGGUGGUAUUUUUGCUGAUAGUAUAUUCGGAAUUCGUUUGAGAGAAAACAGACUAAAUCUACCACAGCCACAACCCUUGUACCAAAAUGGAGAACCUGUACCGUUUGUUUUUAUUGGAGACGAAGCUUUCCCUUUGAUGACUAACUUAAUGAGACCAUAUCCACGCGAUAAUUUAAAUAACGAAAAACGAACAUACAAUUAUAGACUUUCAAGAGCUCGUCGUAUUGUGGAAGCUACAUUUGGUGUAUUAUCACGGAAAUGGUACGUAUACCGUAAAGAAUUUGAAUGUAAAAUAGAAACAGUGGAAAAAGUGAUAAAAGCAACGUGUGUUCUACACAACUUUUUAAUUGACAAGAUGCCUGGCUAUCUAGAUAAUAAUGAAACGGGUUUGGCCACGACUAUGUUUAACGACACAAACGUGGAAAAUCUAUUAUCGAAUGACAAUAUGGAUGCCUAUCAAGUUCGAGAAAAAUUCUGUAGUUAUUUCAACAACGAGGGCGCCGUUCCAUGGCAAGACACUCGUAUUACAAUAUUACUUGAACGAAAUACUUAAUAUAAUAAAUUGCACUUACCGUCAGAUAA